GGGAGAUGGGUACGGUACUCUGUCCAAAAGUUCUCCUAGGGGACAGUGCCAUUUGCCAUUUUCCAUUGACAAACUCUCUCUCUCUUUCUCUCCAAUGGCACUCUCCAAAAUACACUCUUGAAACUUGUUUUUUUUUCAUCUAAGUCCUCACAUUCUUCUUCUUCCUUCAUGUGAUCAUGUCUCGACCUUCUUCACUAAUUUUCAUCUUCUUCAUCAUCACCACCACCACAAAUCUCCUUCCUCAGGUCUGCUCCGCACAACAAAACGACGAUGAAAACGACGUCGUAAGAGUAGAUCCGACACUGAACUUCGAAAACCCUAGGCUCCGAAGAGCCUACAUAGCUCUCCAAGCAUGGAAGCAGGCCAUCUUCUCCGACCCUCUGAACUUCACCGCCAACUGGAACGGAGCCGACGUCUGCUCCUACUCCGGCGUCUUCUGCGCCCCGUUUCCGGCCAACCCCAAGCUCCGCGUCGUCUCCGGAGUCGACCUCAACCACGCCGACAUCGCCGGAUACCUCCCGCCGGAGCUCGGCCUCCUAUCCGACCUCGCGCUCUUCCACCUCAACUCCAACCGCUUCUGCGGCGUCGUUCCGGCGACUUUCCGCCGGAUGAAGCUCCUCCACGAGCUCGACAUCAGCAACAACCGCUUCGUCGGAAAGUUUCCCAAAGUCGUCCUCUCUCUUCCGUCCUUAAAAUACCUAGAUCUCCGAUUCAACGAGUUUGAAGGUUCUGUUCCGUCAAAACUCUUUGACAAAGAUCUCGACGCCAUUUUCUUAAACGACAACAGAUUCCAGUUCGGAAUCCCCAAGAAUCUCGGAAACUCUCCUGUUUCUGUCCUCGUCAUCGCGAACAACAAUCUCGGAGGCUGUAUUCCCGGGAGUAUCGGAAAAAUGGGGAAGACGUUGAACGAGAUUAUUCUUUUGAAUGAUAAUCUUACGGGUUGUUUGCCUCCGCAGAUCGGGCUUUUGAAGAAUCUGAUGGUGUUUGAUGUGAGUUUUAAUAAUCUUCAGGGCUCGUUACCGGUAGAGAUCGGGAAUAUGAGGAGCUUGGAGCAGCUUGAUGUGGCGCAUAAUAAGUUUACGGGUGUUAUUCCGUCGAGUAUUUGUCAGCUGCCGAGGUUGCAGAACUUUACGUACUCGUUUAACUACUUCACCGGUGAGGCUCCGUCGUGCACGGCGGCCGGAGGAGGCGUGGUGUUUAAUGGAAGACAGAAUUGCAUUGCUGGAAAGUCGGAUCAGAGAUCGAAAAGACAAUGUGCUUCUGAUGAUGCUCGUCCUGUGGAUUGCAGUAAGUUUGGCUGCGACGCUGGGGGCGGCAGCGGCGGUGGUGGAGGGUCCCCCAGACCUAUUUCGCCCAGGAGACCGAGACCGAUCCCGCAGCCACCAUCUCCUAGACCUGCUCAGUCGCCUCGGCCGGUUAGGCCUUCGUUCCCUCCGCCGCCUCCGCCAACUUCUCGGUCCUCGCCUUCGACAAGAUCAAGGUCUCCGCCGCCGGCUCCGGUGGUUCCGUCACCUGCGCCGCCUCACUCUACGCCAACAAUUAAGCCUCCUUCGCUGACGCCCAAUUCCCCUCCGCCGCCAACUAAGAAAGUCUCGCCGAGCACACAUCUUCCACCGCCGCCGCCGUCACCAACAUAUCAGCAUUAUACGCCGCCAAUAGCGACGUCUCCUCCUGCAAACCACAAUCCUUCUUCACCACCGCCACCACCACCGUCGCAUGCAGUUAUACCAGGUUACCGCUCCCAUAGUCCACCACCACCAACUCACAGUGGUUACCCUUACACUUCUCCUCCGCCGCCGCCAAGUCAAGAACAUCAUUGGCAAUCUCCCCCGUCUUCAACGCCUAGUUACACCCCUCAAUCGCCACCUCCACCUACUCAAUCUCCGCCAUCCUCAACGCCUAGUUACACCCCUCACUCGCCGCCGCCGCCAACUCACAAUGGUCACACUUACACUUCUCCUCCACCACCAAGCCAAGAACAUCGUUGGCAAUCUCCGCCGCCUUCAACGCCUAGUUACAGUACUCCUCACUCGCCACCGCCACCUCAACACCCGUACCCUGGAUCUCCGCCUCCGACACCAACCUACGAACAUUACACCAAAGCCCCGCCACCUCCAUCACAUCAUGAGCAUUACUACAAAGCUCCACCACCAUCUCCGCCGCCGCCACAUCACGAGCACUACUACAAGGCUCCACCUCCGCCGCCGCCUCAGCACUCUUCGCCUCCUCCAUCUGAUGAGCCGUCGCAUCCCCUGCCUCCUCCUCCGCCCGCAGGUUGUGAAACGCCCGAGUCACCGCCACCGCCACCGCCACCUCCGUCGCCCCCAUGCGAGCAUGAUCAUCCAGUUCAAUCACCAUCGCCGCCACCAACCCACCAUGAUCAACCGAGUCCAAACCCACCUCCAAAAUCACACGAGCAUUGGCACCGGCCCACUCCUUCCUCGUCUCCGCCGCCGCCGCCGCCGGCGCACGAGAACACGCCUCUUCCGCCGAUAGUCGGGGUGUCGUACGCGUCUCCUCCGCCUCCUGUAAUUCCCUACUACUAGUAAUUAGUUAGUUUCAUUUUGCAAUCGGUUUGUAAUUUAUUUGUUUGCAAAUGAUAAGAGAGGAACCAAAAAAAACAAAAAAACAAAAACAGAGGGCGUAUUAUUUUGUUAAUUUUAAUUUGCUUGUAUCUUCUUUUAAGCACUAUAUAUUGAUUUCUUUUCUUCUUUGAUAUAUAA